AUGGCCCCGCGCGGGCGCUGCCGGUGGGCGCUGCUGCUGGCCUGGCUGCCGGCCGGGUGCCUCUCACUCCUGGUGACAGUGCAGGAUGUCGAGCGUUACACCACCUUAUUUGCCACUGUCAUCCUCAAGUGUGACUACACCACCUCGGCACAGCUGCAGGAUGUGGUGGUGACCUGGCGCUUCAAAUCCUUCUGCAAGGACCCCAUCUUUGACUACUACUCAGCCUCAUACCAGGCUGGUUUAGCCCUUGGCCAGGACCCCUCAGACGACUGCAAUGACAGCCAGCGGAAGGUGCGCAUUGUCAUCCAGAAAUACGGGCAGAAGGACCCUGUGCUGGGCACCGACUACCAGCAGCGAAAGAUCACCAUUCAGAACCGAGCAGACCUUGUCAUCAGUGAGGUCAUGUGGUGGGACCAUGGCAUGUACUACUGCAGCGUGGAAGCACAAGGAGAUACCUCAGGUGAUGCGGACAAAGAAGUUAAGCUGAUUGUUCUCCACUGGCUCACGGUACUCCUCAUCGUUCUCGGUGGUCUCCUCCUCCUUCUGCUGAUCGGUAUCUGCUGGUGCCAGUGCUGCCCCCAGUAUUGCUGCUGCCACAUCCAGUGUGGCUGCUGUCCAACACGGUGCUGCUGUAAUCAGAAAGUGCUGGAACGGCACCAGUUCAUGAAGCGGGCUCAGGCACUUGCACCUUGGUUAUCACACAACAUGUUCUAUGGAGCUGGUGACAGGAACUCAAAACUUUCCUCUUACCAGCUGAACCCCCUGCUGCAACAAGAUGUAUCUCUGCAGAACAGUCUUCCAGUGGUGCAGCCACAAGCCCAGCUUUCCCAUAACAACGGUGUUUUGGACUAUCUGGAGUCUGAAAUCCAGAACCUGAACAUGUCCCAGCUGCGGCCGCCCUCCCACCAGCGGCAGGCUGUGCAGCCCAGCCUGCUGUCCUCGCUGGGCUCCGACAUCGUGCCCCCUCCUCUUGCCGACCACAUCUCCUCCAUCCAUGGGAGCAGCAGCUCCUCACGGCCACAAAGAGCUGCCCGCACCCCCAGGCUCUGGGACUCUGCUGCAGAGGACAGAAGGGAAAACCGGAGGUGGCCCUUGCCUUCCAGUGGGGAUUCUCAUUCCAGCUACAGUCAGGAGCCCUGGGACAGGCAGCGAGAGGAUCAUCCUCAGAGGCAGAGGGCAGGGGGCUACAGUGGCAGGCCCCAGCACUCCAGAUGGGAUGUGUCACCCCCACGCCAGGCCGAGAGGGGCAAGGGCAGCAGCAGUUUCUAUCCAGAGGAGACCAAGGAGCGCUCCGGCCACCAUCGUGGUGGGAGGCAGGAGCCCGGGGCAAGGCGAGAGUACGAGCACCAUGCUGGGAGGAGCAAUUACUCUGGCCAGAGGCGGCACAGCUACUCCCCGCCCUCGUCUCGCAGGGGCUCGUGGAGCUCCUCAGAAGAGCACGUCCGGGUGCCGGUGUCAAACCGCAGGCGGAGGAACCGCAGGUCCCGGGAGUGGCCAGAAGAGAAACCGCCAAGUUACCGCUCCCUAGAAAUCAUCCCAGCUCAGGACAAGAAGCACAAAGGCAGCGCAGGGACCCGCUCAGACAGAGGAAGUUCCCACAGUGGAAGAAGCAUUGUCAUUUAA